CAUAGACAACUUUUAGCCGCGGCAUUUGAAAUGCCAUCGUGGUGGGACUAUUUACACUUCAACCGACAAUAUCAAAACAAAAGAAAUUUAGAGGAAGGUUUAUUUCAAAUAGCUUCGCAGACGUGUAAUAUAUUGGUGAAAGUAAAUAACACGAACAAUAUAAAUUUAACAAGAAACGAUAGGAGUGAUGAGUACGGUUGUGCGGGGCCUCCUAAGGGGAAAAGUUCGAUGCAAAUUUGUGUUCCGAAGUUUAGAAAGAACUCCAUAACUGCGGGCUGCAAUCCUGGAUUGUCGACCGUUCUUGAAUCAGGGAGUGUGGGGAACGCGUCGUCAUCUGAUGAGGAGUUGGAGCAGUGGGAGCAAAUAUUCAUGAUGAGAGAUGAAAAUGGAAAUAGUUAUCAUGACAAGAGAAAGAAAAGAAGCAUAUGGUGUCGGCCGUCAUGUAUUCCUGUGUCAAUAGUUAUAUUAUUGAUUGUUCUUGUGGUUUUAGUGCCACUAUUAGAUCAGCCGAAUAUAGCCCAGGUGCUGCCCACUGCUAGAGACUUACAUUGCUCAGAUGAGUGUAGGUUAUCUUUAGUAGAAAGUAUACCAGAGGGUCAUAUGUAUCCGCCUAAUUCAACACAUGCCAACACAAAAAAUGUCUGGCUAGAUUUGAUAGACGAUGCUCAAUCAUCUAUAGAAAUAGCGUCUUUGUAUUGGACUCUUAGGUUUAAUGAACAAUAUAAAUAUAAUUCCUCUAUUGAGGGUGAACAAGUUUUCCAGGCGUUGUUAGCAGCUGGAUUGAAGAGAAAUAUAAAAUUAAGAAUUGCUCAAAACUGGCCUUCUAAGUCUUACCCUAAUGUAGACACUGAAUAUUUAGUCAAGAAAAAAGCAGCGCAGGUGCGAAGCCUUAACUUCUCAAAGCUGCUCGGAAGUGGCGUCCUUCACACGAAGUUCUGGAUCAUAGACAAGACACACUUCUACAUAGGCAGCGCUAAUAUGGAUUGGAGGUCGCUGACUCAAGUAAAGGAAUUAGGAAUCGUAGCGUACAAUUGUUCCUGUCUUGCGACUGAUCUAGCAAAGAUAUUUGAAGUUUACUGGACUCUCGGAAGCCCAGAUGCGGUGGUGCCUGACACAUGGCCUAAAGAACUAAGUACCGAGAUUAAUAUGGAGCAUCCUAUCAAUAUUUCGGAUGACCAGAGCAACUAUGGGGUGUUUAUAACGAGUUCCCCACCGCCUUUUAGCCCAGCUGGUCGGACUAAUGAUGACGACGCGAUUGUUAACAUCAUUCACUCGGCGGAGGAAUUCGUUUAUAUAUCUGUUAUGGACUACGCUCCGGCGUUUGAGUUUACGCCGCAACCAAAAUACUGGCCAAAAAUCGACGACGCAUUGCGUGCAGCGGCUUUAGAACGACACGUCCGCGUGCGCAUGUUGAUAAGCUGGUGGCGCCACUCCUCGCCCGCCGAAGAACAUUAUUUACGCUCUCUGGCUGCGCUUAAUCAGGCCUUGCCGCAUCUUGAUAUUCAAGUGCGCCGUUUCAUAGUGCCAUCUACCCCUGACCAAGACAAGAUCCCAUACGCGCGAGUGAACCACAACAAAUAUAUGGUGACAGACAAAACAGCGUAUAUAGGAACGUCGAAUUGGUCAGCCGAUUAUUUCGUUGACACUGCGGGGGUGGCUUUUGUAUACAAACCGGAAAUGGAAAAUAAAGUUAGAAAUGGCAGCGACAUCCGGCGAGAUUUACAGGAACUAUUCGAGAGGGACUGGACGUCUCCUUAUGCGGUACCUUUGAGGAAUUUAUAGCGAUAAAAAUGUCAUUUUUUUAAUUUGUGACAGUUUAAUUUUUUCGGUGUCAAUGGUUCAUGCUGCAGAAAGUGCGUUCUAAUAAUAGUUUUCAUUAUGAAACGAUUUAGUAUUAGUUAUAAAAAUACAACAAAAUUAAUCAACAAUAUAAUUUACCUCAUACAAGUCCAGAAAUGUGUGGAUUUUUUCAAAAAAUAGUGAUUCGAUUUUUAUGAAACUUGGAGUGUUCCCGAAGAACAUCUCGAUUUCACCUUUACCUCACUAAAAUUAUCGGAUAACAUUUUCUUAGUCGUUUAAAAAAAUAUCAAUAAUAUACCUCAACCAAAACCAAUAAUGAGAAUCUAAAUAUAUGAGCAAGAAUAGAUUUGACUUUAAGAGUAAAUGUCGCUGCCGGGAUGACGUCACAGUAUGGAUUGUAAUUUUAUUUAAGUAUUCAUACAUUCCCAAGAAACUUCACUACCGGAUGACAAAGCGAUUCUUAUCAAUUGUAAGCAUGGUCACGUGUGUCAUCUAUGACCAUGCCGCUCAUGAGAUGGGACUUAAAAGUCGUAAUUGUUAAAUCAUGCUCAAUCCGAUAGUAUUUCUUUUGAAUGUUAACAAAACCUGCCAAUUUGAAUUCCGAAUGUAUUAUAAUAUUUAGAAAAGCGUUAUUAAAAUUACGUUUAAAUUUUAAGCAUAUAUGAACUUUGUAGGAUGAAAUUAUUGUGAAUUAGAAUUUUAAUAAAACCGCUCAAUUUCCUGUUGCUUUAUAAAUAUGAGCAAUAAUUUGUUUAAAAAUUAAGAAUAUUGCGAAAAUUGUGUAAAUAAACUUAAGUAAGCGUGCCUUUCUUUUAGAAUUCUUGUAGAGAGUAGAUUUUUUAUCCCUUCUAUAGAAAUAAAUGAAUUUGUUUUAUAUUA